AUGAAUGUACGAUGGCAUGGUAAGGGACACACUAUUCGCUGUAAAUGGAAAUGGGAUCGCGCUCAAUUUCUUCUACCCUUCAAAGCUGCUAAAUUGGGUCCUAUGUGCAGCGCUAACAGAGCGGGACAUGCGACGUUUGCUAGUCAUCUAGGAGAUUUGCGAGUCGUAGGGCUGUCUGUUAGUGUAAACUGUGAACAAUUGGCAACUGAACGGGCAGGAGCGGUCAGCGAUGAACGAGUCACGAAUCGUGAUCAACAACAACGACCAGCGCUAUCUUCUGCGAGUUUCCAGAGAUUUCCAAAGCAGGCUACACGAGUCCAAAUCGUGACUCACUUAGAGCACCCUCCAACGUUAGCCCAGGGGUCCGUAACACCCAUUACAGGAAACCACAGCGUGGACCCGUUGGCCGGUGCUGUUUCCACGAUGGCAACAACGAGCAUUUAG